AUGAGGUUCUCAACAGCUUCCUCAAUCUCUCUGCUGUGUUCUGCGGUAGCAGCAACCUACAAUACAUCUUCUUGCGAGCCAUCUACUACAGUCUACCAGUACCAGCCCACAACUAUCUAUUCGACCAUUUAUUCAACAGUCACUACUUGUCCCCAACAACCCCAUCCAAAUCCUGGCCCAACAUUAGUUCCUGGACAUCUUACUCCGGCACCAACGGUGUAUCCCGGAAACCCUCACCCUGCACCUACAAUAUAUCCUUACCCUAGCCCACCGGCUUAUAUAACUACUAAGUACGGAUAUGUUACUUCCUGCGACUACGGACUACAAACAACAGUCUAUGUCUUCCCUACUGGUUCGCCAAACCACGACUGCACUGUCGCUAUCUAUGAAAAGAACAUCAUCAUCAAUGUAGUCAUCAUCAAUAUCAGCGUGGUGAUCAACAACAUUGGCCAGACUAUCACGGUCACAACGACAAAGACUGAGCAACCAACUUGGACUCCACCGCCACCACCGCCUCCAGUCACCGUGGCAUACACCCAACCUCCAUAUGGUGGGAACACUUCAACCACAAGCCCUUCCAGCACGGAAUCUAGCAGUACAUCUUCUUUGUCCUCAACUUCCAUAUCUUCUUCUUCAUCGUCGUCUUCUUAUUCUUCAGCUUCAUCCUCAACAGAUACAAGCUCCAGCUCUUCCUCGUCAACAACAGACAGCACAUCGAGCACAACACCCUACACUACCGAACCAUCCUCCUCAACAUUGCCCUACCCAACAUCCACCUCCUCAGACCCCCUCCCCACAACCACAGAACCGACCGACACCUAUCCAACCACGUCGCCAACUCAACCAACAACCUACACCAUAUCAGACCCUACCACAUUCAGCCAACCAACAUACCCUCCAUCUCCUUACUACCCAGACGAUACGCCGGUCGAAACCCUCCAGCCCGCAGCUGGCAACCCGGCAGCUAUCAAACCAACCGGCGACAGCAAAGGUGCUAGAGCAGCGAUUUGGAGAGCAUAG